AUGAUAUCAUCAUUAACCUCUCUCUUCUCCUCGUCGCCAGACUUGACUUACGGUCGUGCUUCACUACCCUACAGCAAAUAUGAACUCGCCUUCCGCUCUGCCCCAUAUCACCACACAGAACAUAUCGUUCCUUUCCCCACUCGUCCAACGUAUCCAAACGCCGAUCAUUUUAUCUAUUAUCAAAUCUGGUCACUUUUAAAUGUCAAACAACGAAACGUUGAUGUCAUGUUUGUGCAUGGCUUGGGUGGUUACGGAGGUCACUUCUCGCAGCAUAUUGACUCGGUGUUGAGAGAAGGAUUCAGAGUCAUCGCACUUGAUUUGCCUUCAUUCGGUCGAUCAUCAGGAAAACACGCCUAUAUCAACGACUGGAAAGAACUAACAGAAGCCGUACGCUGUGUUAUCGAUCAUUUGAAAAAGGAAAACGAAAACUAUACGGAAACCAAUCUCUCGUCAAAAGAACCUACUCUUUCGUCCGAUUCGCGUCCCAAUCCUCGCAAACUGGUUCUUUGCGGCGAGUCUCUCGGCGGAUUCAUAACUCUAUGUUAUUCUAUCCUCUACCCAUCCACUAUCGAUGCAAUACACCUAUUCAGUCCGCUAGUCUUUGUCUCUGAAACUUCACGUCCAAGCAACUCAUCGAACAUGUCGCAAAUGUGGUUGCAAAGUCGCCACUUGGAUCCGAUGACAUAUAGCGGUGGACUCCGGGGUAGCACGGGUAUUACACUUCUCCACGGCAUACUCUGGCUCGAGGCCAAUCUGCAAGAGGUCUCGCAUGCGUUUCUUGUGCAGCACGGAACAUCUGACAGAGUAUGUGCCGUUGAAGGAAGUCAAUUGCUUUAUGAAAAAGCCAGAACGCCGAUAAAGAGCAAGAAACUUGUAUUGUACGAUGGACUUGAGCAUGAAUUGUUGCGAGGGGAGGGUCGUGAUAAAAUUAUAGAGGACUGGGUGGCUUGGUUGAUUGAAAUUGAUGAGAAUGAAGAAAGCGGGGAGAGUAAAUAG